CCCCGCCGCCUCCGCCCCGGCGUGGCCCUGGCCGCCCUGUGCGUGAGGCGGCGCGGCUCGUGAACGCUCUGCGUGCAGCUGGCCGCGCGUCCCCUCUGAGGGAAUCACUAACAGAGGCGACCACAAUACUGGUAAUGGCCCCUUCCGUUACCCGCGGGACUCCGCGCCCCUUGUCGCGCUGGCCCAGAUGGCGCAGAAAAGGAUGUCCGCGCCGCGCGUUGCUCCGCCCCGCGGGGGCUCCCCAUCGCGGCGCCGUCUGCUGGUCGCCGUGGCGGUCGUCGCGUCGGCCUUGGCACACGGACAGGGCCAAGUCCAGCCAGUCCAGCACUCGACGGCGACGGUGGCCCGUUUGGCGGCCGACUUCUUUGCGAGCAGGGGCGUCGUGCAGGUGGUGAUGGGCGUCUGCGAGCCCGGUGAGCGAUCACGAGACGGCAUGUGGGGCUUGUCGUAGGGGCGCUGGACUUGAGCCCGGACCACUGUACGCCACACCAGUGCCCAAUAUGAGUCUAGUCUAGGGAGUAGGAGUACCAUGCGGGCUCAGAUGGGCCGGGGCUCAAGUCCAGCAUCCCGUGUGGUGGGCAAGCGGUGGCAUCGUGCCCCUUGACUGCCCCAGGUCGCACCAGCCUGACGCGGGCGCUGGCGGCCGACGGCCGGCUCCAGGUGCAGGCCGUGCAGGCGCAGACCACCGCACCGCACCUCGCCACGCCGGCGCUGCAGCGGCCGCCCGUCCUGGGCGUGCUAGUGUGGUCCUGCCGCCCGAGCCUCGGGGAGCGCCUGGACGUCGAUGCCAGCACCUUGAACGGCAGCUACUUCUGGCUCCUAGUCGACCCGCCUUCCUGGUCGGCGUUUGAGCCGGGACUCCGACUCGACAGUGAGGUCACAGUGGCGCGACCUCUGUCAGCCUCAAGGGACGCGUAGUGACAUUCGGAAAAUAGUAUUCACUGAAAUAUGAGUGGGAUAGUUUUACAUGUGAAUGUGCCGUGUUCCGCCCUUCAGGUGGGAGCUCCUGGAGCUGUUUCGGCCCUCCGGCAGCGUCGACGCGCGUCUGGAGCGUGUGGGUUUCUGGUCUACUUCGAUGCCCACCCGGGACCGCGCCCACGGCACCGUGGAGGGCGAGUGGCACUUGGGGAUCGCCUUCAGGCGCAUGCACGUGCCGGGAGUCACCGUCAGGGAGGCCAUCUACGUAAGACCUCACGUCACGUGUGGGUUCGCCUCCCCCGGAUGUAUUUCCGUUUCCGACUCUCAGCUCCGGCCUCCGGCGCACAGAUGUGGCAGCAGGUGGGCGAGGUCGUGAUGGCGCGCCUGCUGGAGAUGCCGCGCGCCGAGGCCAUGCCACUGCUCACCCCGCUCGCCAUGCACGCCCACAUCGUCUUCAUGAACAUCGUCGCUCGCUUCAACAUGACCGUGAUCAAGCGGAUAGCUAGAACGAAGCCGGGCCAGCUGAACGCAGACCCGGGCACGCCCUUCGACGGCACGAUGGGCUUGGUGGAGCGCGGGGAGGCCGACAUCUGGCCGGGGUGCAUCAUCACCGCGGAUCGGGGUCGGCCCAUGGUCUUCUCGGCCACCUCCUGGACGCUGAGGACCGUGUGCGGCUUUCUGACCAACACGGCGCUGGGAUCGGCGGACGCCGUGGUCAAACCCUUCCAGCCGUGGCUGUGGGUGGCCGUGAUCGGCCUGUCCGUGGUCGUGGCCCUGCUGGAGAAGUGCUUCCGCGCGCUGGAGCACACGGACCCGGAGCACGGGGGUGCCUCCUGGUCAGACGUGCUCAUCAGCUGCUUCGGCACGCUCACCGGGCAAGGCUUCCUCGCGUGCGGGGACUGGGUCUCGGGGCGCGCGCUGCUCGCCACCUUCGAGGCCUUCUUCCUCCUGACGCAGGCCUACUACAACGCGUCCAUCGUCACGUUCCUCCUCCGGCCGCCACCCAGCAGCAUCCGCAGCGUGCGCGACCUCGUCGAGUCCCCCUACAAGGUGGCAUGUCACGGCUGGAUCCACACGGCGCGCGUGCUGCAGAACUCGACCGACCCACUGGUGCGCGAGCUGUUCCACCGCAAGGUGGAGCCGCCGCGGGGGCUGGGCUUCCUGGGGACGGCCGACGCCAUGGCGGCGCUGCGGAGGCCCCGGGUGGGGCUCGUAGCCUCGGAUGACGUGGUGGACGAGGCCGCCGCCUCCAUGACCCGGCAGGAGACGUGCCGCCUGCAGCAACUCGACGUGGACAUGCCGCUGGUCAUCGCGCUGGGCACGGCCAGGAACGCCCCCUUCAAAGAGAUGAUGCACUCCGGGACGAUACUCCAGGUAGAGCGCGGCAUCGCGCACCGGGAGAGGAUCGUGUGGCGACAGCGACGGCCCUCGUGCGACCGGAACGCGGGCGGAGAGUUCGCCCCCCUGGAGCUGCUUCCCGUGCUGCCACCGCUCGUGCUCAUGGGCGCGAUGGUCUCGGUGGCGGCCGUCCUCUGCGCCGCCGAGCGGGUCCGGGCUGCCUCCGUCACCUCUGUUCCGAUGGCGAAGGCCGCGCGAGCCCGCCGCCCCCUGCAGCUGUUGGCCAGAGGUGGAGGGCGCCUGGACGGUAGGCAGCCCACCCACCACCUGAGCUGAGCGGAACACGAAGACGUUUAAGGGGGUCAGUUGGUCAAAGAGAGAGCUUUUAGAAUCAAUCCUUUUGAAACCCGUUACCUAAAUUAUUUUUUUUUAUCCCUAUGGUGUUAAUUAUGGUUCGCUUUUAGGUCAUUGUACUUAAAAUAACAUAUC